AUUUAUUCGAGUGAUCAAAUAUAUCAAUCAGUUGAUAAAAAGUAUCAAAAAGUAAGAGUAUGAGUUUGUUCUUUCUCUUUAGUCUUGUGUUUUUAAUUUUGUUUUUCCUUUUCAGCCUGACAUCCCAAAUCGUAUUUGCUGCCAUGGUUACCAAGAUUAACACUCAAAGAAUGUCCCAAACUAACAUGUCCUCAUUCCCUGCUUCUAGUUUUUUAAACUAAAAAUACAUUUACAAUUAUAAUUUUCCAUAAUGGAUUCAACUUUUGUUGUGAUCUUUUCAAGUUUGAUUCUCACCAUAAUUUCCAUAAUCUUUUUCAAAACCAAAAAAAGCUCAAAACUAAACCUUCCUCCAGGGAAAUAUGGCUGGCCAUUAUACGGCGAAACCAUUGAAUACAUAUCAAAACCAGAAGCUUUCAUGCGUGAUAGAAUGGCGAAAUACUCGAAAGAAAUCUUUAAAACUUCAGUACUUGGUGAGAAAGUAGCCAUUUUAUGCGGCCAUUCAGGUCACAAAUUCCUCUACUCGAACGACACGAAAUUAUUCCAGUUUUGGAUGCCACCUUCUCUAGCCUCAGCUCUUUCCGUAAAAGACGAUGACAAGAACUCAACCUCGUCAAAAUUAUUACACGAACAACUCCACAAGUUCCUUAAAAUGGAAUCCUUACAACACUUCGUACCCAUCAUGGAUACAAAAGCUCGACACCAUUUCGAAACAUUUUGGUGUCCUUUUCAACAAGUUAAGGUCCAACCAUUAACAAAACAUUUCACUUUCAUGCUAACUUGUUGCUUGUUUAUCAAGUAUAGUAACGAGGAACAAGUGAAGGAACUUGCUAAACCCUUCUUUGAUCUCCAUGAAGGGACGAUGUCGGAGUCGGUAAGUUUGCCUUUCUACUCAGCUAAGAAGAGGCAAGAAACUGUUCAGAAGAAGAUCAUAAGUAUAAUUAAAGAAAGGCAAUUAGAGUUAAUUAAUAAAGGCGGAUCUAAAAAUAACGACGAUGGUAUUGGUGGUGGUUUUCAAGAUUUAUUGACUCGAGUUCUUAUCACAGCUUCUCAUGAAAUUGAUGAGAAGGUGAUUGCUGGGAUUAUUAAUAGUCUCUUGUUUGCAAGCUUUUAUACUAUAAGCACUGCUAUCACGUUUAUAGUAUAUUACCUUGCUGAUCAUCCUCACGUCUACCACAAGGUUUUACAAGAGCAUUUGGAGAUUGCUAGAUCAAAAAAGGAUGGAGAGUUACUAAACUGGAAAGAUAUUCAGAAAAUGAAGUAUUCAUGGAAUGUGGCAUGUGAAUCUAUGAGACUACGACCACCUGCCUUGGGAAGUUUCAGGGAAGUCCUCAAUGACUUCACUUAUGCUGGCUUCAGAGUCCCAAAGGGUUGGAAGGUUGCGUGGAAUGUAUACUCAACUCACAAGGACCCAAAGUAUUUCCCAGAUCCAGAAAAGUUUGAGCCAUCAAGAUUUGAAGGAAACAAUAAUCCAUUACCACCCUACGCAUACGUACCCUUCGGUGGAGGGCCUUUUAUGUGUGGUGGCAAAGAAUACGCAAGAAUUGAGAUACUCGUUUUUCUACAUAACUUAGUCACCCGUUUCAAAUUCUCGAGAGUGAAUCCUAUGGAAGAAAUCAUUUAUACCCCUAUUCCAACUCCUCUUCAAGGUCUCCCAAUCCAUCUUCAGAAAAUUAAUUAAUGUAUAUUUUUCAUUAAUUACUAGUAUAUACUACUAUGUCAUAAUGUUAUUUGUUUCAAGUUAAAUAAAUAAUCUUGUGUACACAAUGUAUAUUUUCAUUUUUCCAAAUUCAAAUAAAUGGCCUGCUGUGACGUUAUUAUUAGAA